AUGAUUUUUUCUUUCUUUCUUUCUUUCUUUCUUUCUUCAGUGCCUGCUUUCUACAUACCCUUUAACACUUUUUCUUUCUUUCUUUCUUUCUUUCUUUCUUUCUUUCUUCAGUGCCUGCUUUCUACAUACACUUUAACACUUUUUCUUUCUUUCUUUCUUUCUUUCUUUCUUUCUUUCUUUCUUCAGAUAACACUUUCUAACCUUUACACAUUUUUCUUUUCUUUCUUUCUUUUAACACUUUUUCUUUCUUUUCUUUCUUUUCUUUCUUUCUUUCUUUCUUUCUUUCUUUCUUUCUUCAGGCCUGCUUUCUACAUACCCUUUAAUACUUUUUCUUUCUUUCUUUCUUUCUUUCUUUCUUUCUUUCUUCAUGCCUGCUUUCUACAUACCCUUAACCUCUCUUUCUUUCUUUCUUUUCUUUCUACAUACCCUGCUUUUUACCUUUCCUUUCUUUCUUUCUUUUCUUUCUUUCUUUCUUUUCUUUCUUUCUUUCUUUCUUUCUUUCUUCUUUCUUUCUUCCUUCUUUCUACAUACCCUUUAACACUUUUCUUUCUUUCUUUCUUUUCUUUCUUUCUUUCUUUUUCUUUUGCUUUUCUUUCUUUCUUUCUUUCUUUCUUUCUUUUCUUUUUCCACAUACUUCUUUUCUACAUACCCUUUUUUCUUUUUUCUUUCUUUCUUUCUUUCUUUCUUUCUUUCUUUCUUUCUUUCUUUCUUUCUUCAGUGCCUGCUUUCUACAUACCCUUUAACACUUUUUUUUCUUUCUUUUUUCUUUCUUUCUUUCUUUCUUUCUUUCUUUCUUCACCUAUUAAAUCUAUCUAUUCAUCUAUCUAUCUAUCUAUCUAUCUAUCUAUCUAUCUAUAA